GGCCCAUCUAUGUUCGGCCCAUCGAUAGGGUUUCCUCUCGCCGCCGCGCUCCUCCCCUCGGUUGAGCAAAUCAAUCCGCGGUGGCGGCGGCGGCGGCGGCGGCGGCGGUGGUCCACGUCAGCUUCUACUGCAAUUUUAGCAUUUGACCACGCAUCAAUUUUAGUCCAUCCUCUGCGAGUGGGUUCAGCAUAUGGAUUUGCCAGGUCCAAGAUGGAAGAAGGGCAACGAUGGCAAGGACUUCUCAGCACUAGCAGCAGCUAAUCCCAUGUCAGUCAUUGUUGCUGAGCUCAAGGCCUCAUUCAUAAGCUCAAAGCCUGUGGCAGUUUUGUCAGGUCCAGGUGGCGGUGCCAUUCUUGGAGUUGAGCCAGAGCAAGCCGUGAUCCUAAACCGUGCUGCCUUUGGCCACGCCGUCGAAAUUGCUGCGGCACAGAAGCACUGGUUCCAACUUAGCCCUGAGGAGGUCUUCUACCUCUGCCAUGUUCUGAACUGCAUCAGGGUUGAGUCACACGACAAGAAGCAGAUGAGUGAUAAGCAACUGUGGAAUCACUUCAGGUCCAUGUCGGAGUCCUUUCCAGAGAUGUACAAGGCUUACUCGCAUCUGAGAUUUAAGAACUGGGUGGUGAGAUCAGGGUUGCAGUAUGGUGCAGAUUUUGUGUCUUACCGUCACCAUCCAGCACUCGUUCACUCAGAAUUUGCGGUGGUUGUGGUUCCAGAAGGCGCAGCGUUUGGCAAUAGGUGUGGUCGUAUGGAGGUGUGGUCUGAUCUACUAUGUGCUCUCCGGGCUUCUGGCAGUGUAGCCAAGACAUUGCUUGUUCUGACCAUCAGCAGCGGCAGUUGCGAACUGAGCUCCCCAGAUUGCUUAGAACAGCUUGUUGUUCACGAGAGAACAAUCACUAGAUGGAUACCGCAACAGUGCCGUGAACAGCGGUCUGAAGCAAGCAGAGAUGAAGCCAAUAGGGAAGAACUGAUUAGCAAAAAGGAAAGUGUAGAGUUCAACCUCUGGGGUGUGAUACUUGGCUUCAGUGUUCUAUCUAGCUUGCUUGUAUACAAGCUGAAAUUCAGACAAUGAAGCUUAGCAUUUCUAUGUACUGCGGAGAUACUAGUUUUGAUCCAGUUGCAAUUUCAAAUCCUCAGUUGGCACUCUUUGUGAACAUUUCUUUUGGCUUAUUGAUAUGACGAAUAACUAGAACGCAACCGGAUCUGACUGGAGAGAGAGGGAUUUUCUUUGUGAGCUGUGAAUAGACCUUUUUUAGAUCUGAAUACAGGCACCACAUUGGCACUCUCGGUACUAAAGGGCUACACGGCCAAGUGAAAUCCAGAUGAAACUAUCAAAACUAUCAAAAAGAUUCGAAACAACUGAAACCACCAAAAGUUUUGAUAGAGUCAAAAGUCAUCGAACUCGAAAGAAGAUAUGAAGGCACCGAAGGAUUCAAAAGAACAAAAGAAGGUACUGAAAGACUCGAAGAUACUGAAAAGCGCAAGAAAGACUCGAAGAUACUGAAAAGCGCAAGAAAGACUCAGAAGAGCAGGGUUCACUAAAGGAUUCAGAUGAACUUAAACAAAAGAGCAACAAGAGUGUGGCAUUUGAGCCGGAGAAGGAAUUGAAGUGUGACUGCCAUCCAACCUCUGCUUAUCAGAGCACAUAUCCGAAACACAACUCAUGGGGCCUCUUUGCUGCCUCAUGAUCUUUGAGGAUGAAUAGUUACUGCAGCUAGAGGUCUCUAGACAUCACGGUGUAGAGAGCCUCUUUGAUUAGGUAGCAGUCUCCAGGAGCCAUUUCAUCAAGAAAGCAAGGAUAAUGGAACUCGCCUCCUUGUCCUAAGUUUAUCCUAUGUCAAUUGUUCUGACAUGUCAUCAUGUAACAUAUUUCUGCAAUAUACACCAGUAGAUGAGUAAUGUAGAAAUCUGCCAUGUUUAGUUGGUGAUGAAAUGAUGAUGCUUUUUUCCCCCUGAAGCUGUAAACCUUGUCUAGUUGGUAGAAUUGAGACCAUAUCAAUCAGCAUUGCAUCGUAAUC